CCUUGAAGCUGAAAAGAUCAUAGUAAAUCCAAACAGAAUGAGGGAAGACAAGGAUGUUUUGUUGGAGGAUGACAGUUAUAGGAUUAUUGAAAUGGAUCACCAUCUUCAAGAAAGUGACGCAGAACAACCCAACAUUGAAGUCGAUGUUGUCAAUAUAGAAGAACGAAGUCCCUAUACGUUUUUGCAGAACUGUAAUUUUGUUGGAUUAUGGAUGUGCGUUCUGUACAACUUUUGCAUGAUUUCGUUAGUUGUGGUUAUUUAUAUUUACAAGCGCUGGAAUUAA